CGCCAAUUAGUCGGGUCCUCCACCACUGGAUGGCGCAACUGGACCAUUGUGUGUAAGGAAGUGAACAUGUUGACAUUGUAAUGGUCGCUGAAAGAGCAUUGAAUGAAAGCAGCUUGUUGAUGCGUGCUGCAGGCCGGCAGAAUUCAUCCCCCACAUGUGGGGGGACAGAUGCACAUGGACUUGAGGGCUCACAUCUGAGUCUUCCGGGGUUCAGUCUUCCUAGUGUCCAUGCGUCUGAUAGUACCUCCACACAGACCUUACCACAGCACCUAAGUAAACCAGAGUUCCCUGACACAGGAUGGGAUCGUAUCAAAGUUCUUUUCUACAGAGGCGAGGGUCAGAUGUACUCAGAGGAGUUAAGGAAUAUAGUAAAGAGUGGCAUUGCUGCAGCUGUGGUUGGGAUGGUCUAUGGAGGCCUACCAGGAGCAAGACAUGCCCGUGAGAGAUUCAUCCAGCUCAGCCAGGCUGAAAUUUACCAAAACAGAGUGGAUGCAGUGCGUUCAGCCCAUAAUGCAGCUAUUCGUGGGUUUGUGCGCUUUGGCUGGAGGUGGAGCUGGAGGGUAGCAGCUUUUGUGACCAUGUUUAACACUGUAAGUACUGGAUUGAUAGUGUACAGAGACAAAAAUGCUCUGAGCCAUUUUGCUGUUGCAGGUGCUCUCACAGGAGGAGUGUUCCGGCUGAAUCUGGGACUUAGAGGGCUGCUGGCUGGUACGGCCAUAGGAGCUGUACUGGGGCUGCCAGCUGGAGUUGUAAUCAUUGGUCUGCAGAAGUUGGGGGGUGAGACCAUGCAUGACAAGAGACAACGGGAAAGACGAGAGCUACAUGACCUGAGAGUCGCUGAAUGGAAUGCUCGUCUCAAGCUUACAGAUGAUCUCAUUGGGGAAAUGAAGUGUGAGAAACAUCAGGACAGUGAUAAUGACCUUCAACGAAUAGAGGAGCUCCUCAGUCAACCUAGGAAUGAGAAAGGUGCAAAGAGCUCUGACAGCCAGUAACAUCAGAGACUGGAAAUUUCAUUAACCAAAACUCUCUGCUGAACAUUAUGACUAUGAUCUUUCUAGGAUGUUCUACUAAAUUCCUGGUACCUGCUCCCAGUAUCUGUGUCAAUCACCAUCAUUAUCGAUGUAAUACUUACCUUCAAAUGCAAAUGUUAUUUGCUGCACUUAUGUGCAGAUUCCCUAUUUAUUUUAAAACCUGCAGAAACUUGAUGAAGCUGAUGCAGUUGCGUAAAGUAUUUGGAUUAGACACAUUUACAAGUAACAAAUGUUUUGUGUGUUGUUAUUGUAAUUGAUGGGUCUAACCAAUGUAAAAUAUCAGUGCCAAAUAAACUCAGAAAAAAAAAGAAACAUCUCUUUUUCAGAAUACUAUAGUUUAAAGAACAUUUGUAAAAUCCAAAUAAGUUUACAAAACAAUAUUUUCUGACUCUGAAAAAACAAAAAAACAGAAGAAAGAUGGCCAGGGUCCCUGCUCACCUGCGUGAACAUGCCAUAGAAGGUAUGAGGACUGCAAACGUGUUAAGAAAUUUUCUGGAAAUAAAAGCAGUUGAAAGUGAGAGAAUGUUUCUUUUUUGCUGAGUUUAUAUACAGAUAAAACUAUGAUAAACUGAUUUUUAUUUUCUCUGAGCUGUUAAAAAAUGAAGUAAGGAAUAUUAUAUAUAGCAUCCUUAUAUAACAUUUUUAAAGCGAAAUAACAGUAUGCUAUAACCAGGGGUAAAAUUAAGAUCCUUUUAAGACCAUAAUAUAAGGAAUAAAUUGAAAGGGAAGACAAUAUAACAUCAUGGUCUCUAAAUGUAAUAUAGGGAGCAAGACAUUAGUUGUUUGAAAAUACAACUUCCUAAAGAUCUUCAUUACUUUUUAAUAGCUUAAGACUUGGAUAGCUCUGCUCUCAAACAAUAUGAAAAUAACUACCUUCUGAUCUCACUUCAAAAAGAAGUUUCUUAAAUCAAGAUACAUUUACUUGUAUAGCAAAAUAACAUUAAAUAAGUCUUGUUUUAUGAGAGAUUUAUCAAAAUUAGAACAGGUUAGAAGUACGUUUGUGAUUAAUAAGAACCAGUCUUAAGUGUCAAUUUUUCAAAAUUUAGAUUUAUAGAUCAUCUAAAAGCUGAAUGAAUAAGCUUUCCAUUGAUGUAUGGUUUGUUAGGAUCAGACAAUAUUUGUCUGAGAUACAACUAUUUGAAAAUCUGGAAUCUGAGGGUGCAAAAAAAUCGAAAUAUUGAGAAAAUCGCCUUUAAAGUUGUCCAAAUGAAGUUCUUAGCAAAGCACAUUACUAAUCAAAAAUUAAGUUUUGAUACAUUUACGGUAAGAAAUUUACUAAAUAUCUUCAUGGAAUAUGAUCUUUACUUAAUAUCCUAAUGAUUUUUGGCAUAAAAGAAAAAUUGAUAAUUUUGACCCAUACAAUGUAUUUUUGGCUAUUGCUACAAACAUACCCCAGUGACUUAAGACUGGUUUUGUGGUCCAGGGUCACAUAUAUCUGCAAAUAGGGUCAGAAAAAUCUACUUCAUUCAACGGGAAAACAAGUUUGCAUUCUCCAUGGACAGAUGUUUGUUCUUGUUUUAAGCAUAAGCUCGGUUUUUUUCAGUUUCUCAGAAAACAAGACUUCACAUCUUCAUUUUGCAUCUCAAGUAAAUGUAUCUUGAUUCAAGGACCUUUGGAUAUUUGUAUUGGAAGGCAAAAUCACAGAGCAAGAUUUUUUGCAAUGCAUCUUUCUGCUCUGAUUUAAGAUCCUUAUAAGACUUUAAUUGGUGGAAGCACAAAUUAAGACUCUUUCAGCCCUGCAAAAUAAAUAAAUCAAUACAAAUUAUAAUAAUAAAACCUGUAUAACUCCUCA